CUUUUUCAAAAAGAAAAAAAAAGUACUUUAUCAAAGCCAUCUGGCACAAAACUUUUUAGCAAUCAUUAUUACUCUUGUUGGCGUUAUAAAUGAAUUAACUACUUAUUAAAAAUAUAUUUUUUUUUUGGUAAGAAAUCAAACUCUCAGUCUCUCCCACUUACUAAGAAAAUUUUGGUCUUUUGAAUUGAAUUUGUGUGAGAUUAUAGAUCUGGAAACUUGCUACAAAUUAGAUGAUGAAGCGAAGAACAACAAGUUUCCAUAUUAGAUCUUCUCAUCACCAUAAAUGGAAGAGGAGGUUGUUCUUUGCGAUUCUGCUGUGUCUUUGCAUUGGGAGCUUUGUUUUGCUUGAAAUUUAUCGAUCCACCAUCAAUUUGCUCAUGCCCUUUCCGAAUUUCUUUGCCCAAAAGCCUAAGAUUGUUUUCCUGUUUAUUGCUCGCAAUCGCCUUCCUCUUGAUUUCGUCUGGGAUUCCUUUUUUCGGGGUGACAAGGAUAAAAGCUUUUCAGUCUUUGUUCAUUCAAGACCCGGGUUCCUGUUCAAUAAGGCAACAACAAAGUCCCUGUAUUUUCUAAACCGUCAAGUUAAUGAUAGUAUACAGGUAGAUUGGGGAGAAGCUAGCAUGAUUCAGGCAGAGCGAAUUUUGCUUAAAAGUGCACUUGUUGAUCCUGCUAAUGAACGAUUUAUUUUCCUGUCCGAUAGCUGUGUACCACUAUACAACUUUAGUUAUACGUAUGAUUAUAUCAUGUCAACAUCUACCAGUUUUGUUGACAGUUUUGCUGACACAAAGGAUGGACGUUACAAUCCAAAGAUGCAACCUGUUAUUCCUGUUACAAAUUGGCGUAAAGGCUCUCAGUGGGUUAUACUGAACAGGAAACAUGCAGAAAUUAUCGUAAAAGACGAAACUGUUUUUCCUGUAUUUCAGCAGCACUGCAAGAGAAAGUCACUUCCAGAAUUUUGGCGUCAUCAACCCUUUCCAGUAGAUACAUCUAAGGAACACAACUGCAUACCAGAUGAACAUUAUGUUCAAACAUUGCUUGCUCAAGAAGGCCUUGAAGGAGAGAUAACAAGAAGAUCUUUGAUACAUACGGCUUGGGAUCUUUCAGCCUCUAAAGACCAUGAAAGACGUGGAUGGCAUCCUGUAACAUAUAAAUUUUCAGACGCAACCCCUGAAUUGAUUCUCUCCAUUAAGGAAAUAGAUAACAUCUACUAUGAGACUGAAAAUCGAAGAGAAUGGUGCAGUAACAAGGGUAAACCCUCACCUUGCUUCCUCUUUGCAAGAAAGUUUACUCGGCCUGCAGCCCUUCGUCUGCUUAAUUUGUCUCUGCUUGGUUCAUAGAGGAGGAUUUUUGAUGCCUGCACGUAAAAUAUUGGGAACUUAUCAUAUAGUGGAGCAAUAAGUAGAUAGUGAAAGGCAAUGUAUCCAAACACCUCAGGCACAAAGUACGGAAAAAAAAGAGCAAAGAGAGUAACUAGUAUAUAUCAUGUAUUAUAGGAAUUUAUUAUAUAAAAUCCCAGUUGAUUUUUUUUU